UUUAAAAUUUGGCAUGGACCCCAAAGCUUAGCCUCUUCUUCCUUCCUUCCUUCCUCCAGAUUCGUUUUCCUUUUUUCCCCUUUCUUUCAUCUCCUUACUCCGUAAACAGAACCUUCCAUAGGUUGACGUGUCCAGCUUCUAUUGGACACGAUCCCAAUUACUACCAUUAAAUUCCACUCAUCUUCUUCUACAAAACCCUAAAAAUUCUUUUCAAGAUUUCAAAAAGCCACGCCAAAUGGAGAAGGUGAUGAACAUUAUCAAGCCGAAACCAAAUCCACAGCAAAUAUUGAGAGAUUGGCAACGUAGGCUUCGCCAAGAAUCCAGAAACAUUGAUCGACAAAUUCGCGAUAUUCAGAGAGAAGAAAAAAAUGUGCAGAAAGCUAUUAAAGAAGCUGCCAAGAGGAAUGACAUUGGUUCUGCAAAGGCACUUGCUACUGAACUUGUGAGAUCGAGGAAAACAGUGAACCGUCUUCAUGAAAAUAAGGCGCAAUUGAGUUCAAUAUCAAUGCACCUUGGAGAAAGUGUUGCAAUUUCUCGUACUGUGGGACAUCUAUCAAAGAGUGCCGAGGUUAUGAAGCUUGUCAAUAACCUCAUGAAGGCUCCUGAAAUGGCGGUUGCUAUGCAAGAGUUCAGCAAAGAAAUGACAAAAGCAGGAGUGAUUGAGGAGAUAGUAAACGAUGCUGUUGACUCAGCAUUAGAUUCCGAGGACAUAGAAGACGAGAUAGAAGAAGAAGUUGAUAAAGUCUUAACCGCAAUAGCUGGUGAGACAGCCGCACAACUUCCUGAAGCUGUGAGGAAACAAAAGGUGAAACAACCUGCUCAAAGUGCUGCAGAGGAGGAAGAAGCUGUUGAUGAUGAGGAGGAAAUGGAAGAAAUUAGAGCCAGACUUGCUAAAGUCAGGUCAUAAACAAGUUUAUACUUUCUAGUCUUGCAAUGCAGCCUCUCUACAUUGUACCUUGAUAUAUAUUGUAAGAGAGAUGUUGACAUCUUUGUAUCCAAUUUGUAAUAUUUGUAUUGGAAAAGAUGACUUAUAUCACCAUUGGCAACAUAGCUCAUAUGUAUAUUUUCCAAGUUUAUGAGAUUAAACGCAGUAGUAAUUUCCAUCCA